CAAUCAAACACAGUCCUGUCUAUGAAAAGUAAAGACAAGUUCAAGAUUCUUUCCACUCAGCACGAUGACAUCUGCACAGUUUGUCCUCUAUCUUACGUGUUUGUUCUUGGGGAAAAUGGCCCAAAUGACUGAGGUGAAAUUCUCUUCAUCUGUUCGUCAAGAUACACGUUUUAUAUCAGUUAAAACUGGAGACAACUUGACUUUGCACUGUUUCCGUGAGGGUGAUGUUGCUUCAAGGUAUUACUGGUAUAAACAGACUCUGGGCCAAAAACUAAGACUCAUCUCUUCCUUCUACAAGUUUGACAAAAAUGGAACUUUUCAUGAUGAAUUCAAGAAAGACACACGCCUCACACUGGAUACUGGAGUCGAGGGCACUACUGUCAGUGUAAAGGAUUUAGGUUUGAACAUCCAGGCUUUGGUCCAUCAGUCAGAAUCUGAGACCAUCCAGCCAGGAGGCUCUGUGACUCUCAACUGUACAGUACACACUGCCUGUGAUGGAGAACACAGUGUUUACUGGUUCAAAAGCUCUGAAGAAUCUCAUCCAGGACUCAUUUACACCCAUGGAGACAGGAAUGAUCAGUGUGAGAGGAAACACAACACACAAACACACACCUGUGUCUACAACUUGCCAAUGAAAAACCUGAGUCUUUCUCAUGCUGGGACCUACUACUGUGCUGUUGCCUCAUGUGGACACAUACUGUUUGGAUAUGGCACCAAGCUGGACAUUGAGGUUGAAGGAGGCUCUCUUGUCUUGGUGUAUUUCUUGAGUGGAGCUUUGGCAUUUACCACCAUCCUGAGUGUUUUACUGACUUUCUUAAUAUGUUUCAUCAACAAGAGAGACAGCUGCAAAUGUGCAGAGUCUCAUGCAAGAUCACCAGCCCCCUCUACAAUGAAUACAGAGGCUCAGGAAAAUGAAGAAAACAUCCAUUACGCAGCUUUAAGGGAACACAGGGUCGACAGGUCUAGAAGACAGAGGAACAACACCAAGGCUGACUGCGUGUACUCAAGAAUAAAGCUGUAGAGCUGUUUCUUUGUAACAAGACACACCUUUUAUCCGUGUUUCUAAGCAGCCUUAAAAGACACUGAGGUUGUGAUAUCAAUAUUUUCUACUUGUGACUAUGCUUCUUUAGAUAUAAUUUACUGUUUUUGUUGAAUCAUGUUAAACUUUGUCACUGGGGCAGAAAAAUCAAGAGUCUGACACAAACGGUGACUGUGUUUGAUAAAAGAAGAGAGGAAACAGAGGAAGAGAGAGUAGUAUGACAGAGAAAGCUACAGUAUGAUAUGGUAUAAGGUAUGACAGAUAAAGCAGGUACAGCACUACAAAAUCAUAAAUCUUAAGGAAACUGACAGCCAAGACAAACAACGUUUUCAGAGUCACCUGCCUAUAGACAUAUCAACUAAAUAGGAUAAGAGCUUAUACAUAAGAGCUUUUCUGCCUGCUCUGUUCAAUGGAUUGAAGCAGGCGGGGCUCAGUUGGAAAAAAAAUAUGUAUCUGUGCAUUAAUCUGAAUUUUGCAAUAUCUGAAUCAGAGUCUGACAGUAGUUGUUGGGUUGUUUGCUCAUACUGUCAGGACACUGUUGAUCAAAUGUGAUCAAACCACUCCCACAAAAUCCUGAUGAAACAGAUCAGCUGUUUGUGUGUGCUAAACUCCUCAUGAUAACACCUAAGGAUAUAAUCUUCUGAAUUCUAACUUUGAUAGUUGCUUAUAAAUGUUACAUCCUAUAGAGAUGAUGGGCUUUAU